UCGUGUGUGCAUUUUUAUCGGGUUUCGCGCGCGCUUCGACGUUCGGUUCGGAAAGUCUUCGUGUUUUGUGUUUGCUUUUCUCGCAAAGAACAGUGCCAAAACCUCGUGAAUAUGUCCCUCAACGCGGUUCCGGUGUGCACCAACUGUCGCAGCUUGUCCGAAUUGUCCAUUGCGUGUACCGAGUGUUUCCAAAUUUGCUGUGUGUCCUGCUUCAAGAAGCGAAGCGGCGGGAACGACAUAUUCAACAUUUCAUCCAAGAACGUUGACGAUUCGCAAGCUCGUCCCUGUCCAAAGUGCAUUGAUAGAGGAAACAGUAGUGAUUUGCCAGCGAUGGAACCAGAUCAGAAUACAUCUUCGUCGGCGUGUAUGGUCCCUGAAUUCUGUAAGAUUCACCUUGAGAAAUGUAAGUUUUACUGCACCCAGUGCCACGUGGCCAUCUGUGCCCUGUGCGUCGACGAGGGCCAACCGCACGAACAGCACCACAUCGACAACUACUCCAUCGUCUACCAAGACAAAGUAUCGGAAAUGAACCGCAAGUUGGACCAGGUCGAUUCCUCGGCUAAAUGCAGCACCGUUUACGAAUGGAAUCUGCAAAUGCUGGAGAAAGAGGAGGCAGCGGUGCUGAAGGAGAUCGAAGCCUUGUCGGAGUCGUCAAAAUUGAAGGUAACGCGAAUGACGAGCAUCCGGAAGGAGCGGCUCCGCGCGAAGCUGCAAUAUCCGUUGCAAGAUGGAAAGAUUGUAACCGAAGCAAGGGACAUGAUUAGGACCUCAACCAUGGAUGAGUUUAUGAAGAGUCUGUCGAAGUUGGAUCAAAUCUGCACAAAUCUGGCCUCGUCCACAUCGAAACCCGAUUUUUGUUUGGAGACGGCGGAUGACAUUGAGUGCGAUCUGGUGCCGGCGUACACUUUCGGACUGUUCACAUCAGAGGGCCUGUUUCGAACGGGCAAUUCCGAGUGCAAAUUCACCCUGUACGCGUCUUAUGACAUCGUUUGGAACGUAACUCUUCUGAAGUCGGAUCAACUUCAAAUCAAGGUCAGACCCAAUGAUCCCGCAAUGCUGAAAUUUCCCCACAAGCUGGUGGUGAUAAUACCACAUCCCAAUUCGGAAGAAGAAAUCCGUCAAACGUUCGAAGUAAAGGACAACGUUUCAACUUUCGACGUUAUACAAGUGUCCCGACUGGUCCUACAGGGGUUCCAAAAGGACAACAACGAAGAUCUGGAGGUGAAAGUUGGAAUUCGUCCUGUGAACGCUGUGGUUGAGAAGCAGAUGUUGACCUAUCGAUACGAAGAAGAGAAAGACAUUUGUACCGAAUUGACCGAAAAAGUGGACUUCAACCACCAAUGUAUGCAUUACGUGAUGAAAAUGGACAAAACCACGAAGUAUCCUACCCGGUCAUCGUGCACAACGGACGAAUCGGACAGAGAAUGGCGUUUGAAAGUCUACCUCAACGACGAUCUUGGAGCCUAUAUCGAGCUGUGCAAAGGUUCACCCGCCGAGAUAAGCUGCUUUGUCGAGCUGAGACAUGAGGAUCCCAUGAAGACGGUUGUUAAAACUCGCGAGUCAUUGCACUUUGAUAAGUUGGGCAGGGAACGGGGAUGGAAAUUAAUGAAAAAGAAUGAGCUGAUGGAGGAUGAAGGCUUCUAUCGGGAUGGAUUUUUGCGCUUUCGGUUCGGCGUACAAUUGCUACCUGAUUGAAUGCAAAGCAUUUGGUGUCGGUUGAUUAUUGAGCUGGUUGUCAUUUUAUUUUCAAAAUGAAUUCGAUACAGCAACUAA